CGUAUGUGCAUGGAAUGAAACCACGGAUCCAGUCGGAGCUGGGUGGAGCAACGAAAGGCCUGAAAAUCUGAUUUACUGUAAGUCAACUCAUUUUGGAUUUUAUGGUCUCCUGCAAUUCUGUACCAAAAUAGAUGGAUUUGAUGAGACAGGAAGGAUGACGAGCCCUUUGAUCUGUCUCAUGUCUCCGCUGAGUAGACCUGUAUCAAAGCGGACAGUCAGGAGGAAACAGCUGGUGAUGUCUGGGACAAAGGAAGGUCCCCACAAGCUACACACCCAACCCAAAGAAUCUUUGGUGUCGUCACCUACGAGUGACCAUGUUUCUGAUUCAUCACCAAGGAAGUCUUCAGGGAUGGAAGCAGAUGCUUUCUUGGCCAGUGUGGUGUCAAGUAAGAAGAAGCAAGAUUCAGCCAACAAUCAAAAUGAUGAUAUUCCCCAAGGAAAUGAUGAGAUAUACCAUACAUCUACAGUGAUCAAGAAAAAGAAAUCCUCACCUGUCAAAGGAAUUUCUGUAGCAUCACCUAGAAUUCAGAAGCAACGGAAGAGCAUGCCAUUUGUGUCACCUGGAAAAAGGUCACUCUCCAGAAACAGGCAUGGUUUGGAUGGAAUCCAUCGACGUCGUACAGUGUCUAUGACAAUCGUGGAUAUGAAGAAGCUAAGCGAGGCUAUCGAGAGUCGGAUAGGACAACAGAAGAAAUGUGGAAAGGUUGAUAUCGAUACCCAACCCUAUGAGCCUGAUGCGUCAUUUACUACAAGUGACCGUGAUGUCUCUGGUCUAUCAUCAAGCAAAUCUCCAGGAAUAGAAACAAAUGAAUUCUUGGCAGAUUCUUCAAAAAAUCAAGAACAGCAUGACCAUCCCAAAGUGACUGAUGAUGAGAUAAACCUUCAACCUGCAGUGCUCAAAAGAAAGACAUCUUCAGCCAGUAAAACGGUAGCAUCAAGAUCACCUAGAGUUCAGAAGGGACGAAGAAGCAUGUCUUUUGUAUCGCCUGGGCAAAGGUCAUUGUCCAGAAGCAUGCAUGGAUUAGACGGCAUAUAUCGACGUCGUGCAGUAUCCAUGACAACUAUGGAUAUGAAGAAGUUGUGUGAGGCCAUCGAGAGUAGGGUAAGAAAGAAGAAGAGAAAUAAAAAUGUUGAUCUUGAUACCCAACCACAUGAAUCUGAGGUCUCAUUUAUGACAAGUGACCAUGAUGUUUCUGACCAUUUGACAAAUUUAUCACGAAGUCAAGAACCGGUUGAUUUUCUUCAAAGGAUUGAUGAAAUGUAUCUUAAAAGUGAUGUAAAGAAAAGAAAGAACUCUUGUAAAACAAUUUCUGUUGCAUCACCUAGAGUUCAGAAGCGACGGAGCUGCAUGCCUUUUGUGUCACCUGGAAAAAGAUCACUGUCCAGAACUACAAAUGGCUUGGAUGAAAUCCAUAGACGUCGUACAGUAUCCAUGACAACCGUAGAUAUGAAGAAGCUACAGGAGUUCAUUGAUUGUAGUCAGAUAAGAAAGAAGGAAAAUGAAAAGGUUGAUGAUCAGUCCCAACCACCUAAUACUUCAUUAACUGUAAAUGAUUCUGAUUUCUCCGGAUCAAGCAGUUCACCAGGGGUGGAAGUAGAUGUCUUCUUGGCUGGCAUAGUGGAUAAGACUAAAGAUUCUACCCAACAGCUGGAACAUGAUGAUGAUGAUCAUAGCAGGAGUAAUGACAGUUUUCACAAGUGUAAAGUCACAAAACAAAAGAUAAUUUCAUCUUGUAAGAAAAUUUCUGCUUCUGCUAGAUCGCCAAGAAUUCAGAAGCAAAGGAACAGUGUGUCACCUGGACAAAGAUUACUGUCUAGAUCCAUGAGAGGUUUGGAUGAAAUUCAUCGAUGCCGAAGUUUGAAAAAGCUGGACAAGAAGAAGCUCCAACAGGCCAUUUAUCUUAGUCAUAUAAGAACGAAGAAGACAGGUGAAAAGGUUGGACAAAACCCACUCCACACUAUCAAGAGCCCUUCCCAGAAAAUAAAAGAGUUGGUGAAAACAGCUGUAGACGAAACGAAACGGUCAGAUAAUGUGACCUCUCUGAAGGGACGGCACAGUGUACCAGAACCAGAGCUGAGGGUGCAAGAUAAAGCAGUAGCACCUAGGCCAAAGGAAAAGGAAGAAGAUAUCACACAUGCACUUGGUUUCGCUGUUAAGGAAAAAAAAGGGAAAACGCCAGAUUUGAACUUUAAGAAAUUAGAUGAAAUGUAUGAGAGCAGGUUCAACCCCAGUCAGAAGUGUCCUCAAGCUGUGGUGACAAGCAGGGGUCAAGAAUGUACCCAAGCAGAUUUGGACUUUGAAAAAUUGGAUGAAAUGUACGAGAGAUGGUUCAACCCGAGUCCAGAAUGUACCAACGAAGCAGUGGUGGAUAUGGACACAGUUACCAGAAUUCUUAGCUUCCAGGAUGAACAGACAGACUCCAGGAGCUCAAGCCCACCCAUCAUCCAAAGACGCGCUUUUGCCGGAGAUAUCAUCGAUCCCGAGUCUGAUGACAUCAGCGACAGUACUGUUGAUGAGGCAAACAAGACGUUGCUGGAGAAAGAAAUAAGUAGCUUCUUUGAGAGUAAGAAAGGAUAUUCUCCUAAGGAUUUCAGAAAAAGUGCAAAGACCUUGGAUGUGGCGGUGAAUAGAGUAUCUGAAGAUGAGCCUGUCACAAGUACAGGAGCGACAUUGCAGUCACAGAAUGUUUCAGAACAUGAUGAUGUAAUGGUCAUUGACCAAAAGACCCAUUAUAGAAUACCAGAUAGCCUUCAGGAAAUGGAAGGUCAGGCCACUUCACCAAAAUGUGCACCACUGGCAGGUCGGGAUCAUGCUAUGGCUUCGACAAGAUACAACUUUGGUGAAUCAAUGCCUAUUGAUGUUGAAAUGGAUGGACAACAGGAUGACAUCUGCACACCAUUCCAGCACUCGACUCCUGCGGACCCUACCCAUCAUCCUCAAUCACACACAAAGACAACAUCCCAGGGUUUACUAUCAGCCUGGGCAGAGAUAGAAAAGGAAGAGAAGUUGUUUGUAAUUUAUUGCCAUGAGGAUACUGCCCCAUGCAUUCUAAAGGACCUGGAGAGCUGUCAAGCCAUCAUAGACGGCAGAAGUCUCUCAUUGAGAUACCUCAAUGACACUUCCUCAGUGGAAGUGCAGGGAAUGGUGCUCAAGGAUGAACACGUCACCAGACCAAAGAAAAUUCCAAAGGAAAACAGAAAAGAUGCUGCUAAGAAGGAAAAGAAGAAAAAGAGAAAGAAAGUGUUGACAGUUACAGGAGCAGAUGUAAAUGAUGCUCCGAAGAGGAAAAAGAAAAGUGGCACAAUGAAGGAGAUGAAAAAGCAGAAAGACACAAAAGUGGAGACAAAAGAGGCAAGGAAAGAGGGAACCAAAAAGGGAGCAAAAAGCAAAACAAAACUGGAGAUGAAUACGGAGGAGAAAAUUGAGAUAGAGAAGGAACUGGAAAAGGCCAUGAAGAAAAAGACGAAAAAGGAGACAAAAAAGCAAACAAAAAAGAAGACAAAAAGAGAAAAGAAGAAGGAGCCAAAAAGUGAGACAGAAAUAGAGACCAUAAAGUCAACAACAAAGAAGACUAACACCGAUAAGAAGAAGGUGCUGAGAAGGGAAAUAGAAAAUGAAAUAAGAAAGGAAGCUGCAAAGGAGGCCAAGAAACCAAUGAAAAAGAAAACAAAAACUGAUAGGCAGGAGUCAAAAAGUGAGCAAGAAACUGAGACCAAAACACCAACGAAAAAGAAAACAAAAACUGAUAAGAAAAAGGAGUUGGAAAAGGAGAAGGAAAAUGAGGCAAGAAAGCAGACAAAAACAGAUGCUGAAAAGGAGACCAAAGAGCCAACGAAAAACAAGACAAAAGUGGAUAAGAAGAAGGAGCAAAAAAUGACGAUGCAAAAGGAGGGGAGAAAUGAGGCAAUGAAGGAGACAGAAAAGGAGGCUGUGAAUGAAAUUAAAAAGGAAAAGAAAAAAAGGUUGAGAAAGGAGACGACGAAGAAUAAAAUGAUUAGGGUGGAAACGGACAUGCCAAAGGAAAUAACAAAAGAAGUUAUUGACAUGAAGAAAGAUGAUACUAUUAAGGAGAAAGAGAAGGCAAUGAAAGAUGAAGUGAAAACAGAGACAAAAGAGAAAAGGAAAAAGGAAACCAAAAGGGAAACAACAGAAGGGGCGAGAAAAGAGACCAAAAAGAAGCCCAAAAAGGAUGCAAAAAAGGACUCCAAAAAGGAGAUCAGCAAGGGAAGAACAGAAGGGAUAAAAAAGGAAACGAAGAAGAAGACCAAAAAGGACACCAUGAAGGAAACCAAAGAAGGGAUGGAAAAGGAUACCAAGAAUGAGACCAAGAAGGAAACGAGAGAAGGGAGGAAACAGGAGACAAGAAAGAAGACCAAAAAUGAGAAGAAGAAAGUGAAAAAUACUGAUGGGAGCGUGAGAUAAAUGAACGAUCAGAAACACAUUGGAGUUAGAACGCUGUUCAACCGUCCAUCG